GAGAGGACCACGUUUGGGGGUCUGGCGGACAAGGACCGCAUUUUCACCAACAUCUACGGCCGCCAUGACCCGUUCAUCAAGGGCGCGGAGAAGCGUGGCGACUGGUACCGCACCAAGGACAUUGUGUCCAAGGGCAGCGACUGGGUGGUGGACCAGAUGAAGAAGAGCGGGCUGCGCGGCCGCGGCGGCGCGGGCUUCCCCUCGGGCCUCAAGUGGUCCUUCAUGCCCAAGGUCUCCGACGGCCGCCCCUCGUACCUGGUGGUGAAUGGGGAUGAGUCUGAACCGGGGACGUGCAAGGACCGCGAGAUUAUGCGCCACGAGCCGCACAAGCUGGUGGAGGGGUGCCUCAUCGCGGGUGUGGGCAUGCGGGCGCGGGCGGGCUACAUCUACAUCCGCGGCGAGUUUGUGGAGGAGCGCAAGGCGGUGAUGCGGGCCAUAGACGAGGCGUACGCCAAGGGCUACCUGGGCAGGAAUGCGUGCGGCAGCGGCUACGAUUUCGACCUCAACGUGCACUGGGGCGCCGGCGCCUACAUCUGUGGCGAGGAGACUGCGCUGAUCGAGUCUCUGGAGGGCAAGCAGGGCAAGCCGCGGCUGAAGCCGCCCUUCCCAGCCAACGUGGGCCUCUACGGCUGCCCCACCACCGUCACCAAUGUGGAGACGGUGGCGGUGAGCCCCACCAUCCUGCGCCGCGGACCAGAGUGGUUUGCCGGGUUUGGGCGCAAGAACAACCACGGCACCAAGCUGUUUGCCAUCUCGGGCCACGUCAACCGCCCCGUGACUGUGGAGGAAGAGAUGUCCAUCUCGCUCAAGGAGCUGAUUGAGCGCCACGCGGGCGGCGUGCGCGGCGGGUGGGACAACCUGCUGGCCAUCAUCCCGGGCGGCUCCUCGGUGCCCAUGCUGCCCAAGGCGCAGUGCGAGGAUGUGCUGAUGGACUUUGAUGCGCUCAAGGAGCGGCAGUCGGGCCUGGGCACCGCUGCGGUGAUGGUGAUGGACAAGAGCACCGACCCGAUCGAGGCCAUCGCCCGCCUGUCCUACUUCUACAAGCACGAGUCGUGCGGCCAGUGCACGCCGUGCCGCGAGGGCACCGGCUGGCUGUACGACAUCAUGACCCGCAUGAAGAAGGGAGACGCCAGGGUGGAGGAGAUUGACAUGCUGUGGGAGCUCACCAAGCAGAUUGAGGGGCACACCAUCUGCGCGCUGGGCGACGCCGCGGCGUGGCCCGUGCAGGGCCUCAUCCGCCACUUCAGGUGCGCGCGCAGCGCGGCCGGGGAUGCGGGCAGGCUGGCACGCAGACACGGGCAGAGAUGGGCAGGCAGGGUUGCGAGGCAGGGAUAG